AUGGCAGAUGGCAAGGUAUUUACUGGUGCGCUCAGUAAUGGUCACAAAUCUCGCUCGCCAUUCAGCAUUGGGCAGCCGGUUGAGGCCGCCGUGACCUCCGUGUUACCGACCCGCUCUGAGACAGGAGACAGGUUGCCGGGUUCCCAGCGAAUCAAAUGCCCCAGGAUCAUAGUCAAGUUGAGACGCUUCGUUCGGGCGCAAGGGACAGACUGUGAGGCAGUAGGGGCUAAAUCGGACAAGUUGACUAAUGAUUUACCUAUUUUUGACACGGUUGAAUUAUUUGCGGUUUCGGACCAGGCCGAAUUUAACGGUCAUUCCGUCUUCACACUGCCACAAGGAGUCCGGUCUGGUAAAGCUGUCCGCAAAUUAGUUGUGUAUUGCCCGAAGGGAAGCCAUGCAAAGGGGUCCGAUAGAGAUCUUACUCAUGCGGCUGCAUGCAGUGAGAACCGCCCCUCAGAUUGGAGGAAAUACGACGGUUUCGAGAAGGCCCAAGAAAGUGGUUCGAUUAUUGCGUAUAGGGCUAGGUGCUUGAUUUUAUUGCCGUGGCGAGCGUCGUCAACUUUUGACCUUGCUCGGGAAUUCGGAACAAGAGGACUCGAGACUUCAAGCGAGGGCUCUGUCAAAGUCCAGUUUAGAACAUUGACUUAUUCGGGCUUGGUGGGUUCUGACCAAAAGUCCAAGAUACGCCGGAAGGAUAUUCAAAAGCUAGGCAGCAAACCGCUAUUUGGACGAAGCUCCGCUGGAGAAGGAGGGGCACACAGGGCCCACGGUGGUAAUAUUUGGCCCCUCCGCCGAGAGGUUAAGGGAGCGGACAUGGAGUGGGGGUCGAUAUGUGCGGCUACCUGUCAGGCCUGCAUGCCUAUUUCUGCCAUUGGUUGCCGCGGUCAAGUAUCAACUGUCGUGGCAAGUGUGGGCUUAAGGGCCGAUACGUACCCGCAAUUGCCUGUAAAUGAAAGAACAGAGUUGAUCGUCGAGGGUCAUGAUGAUAAUGGUAUCUGUCCUGGUAGGAGUAAAGCUCCCGGAGAAGACAACGCGAGCACGUUGAAAGGAAGUUGGAAUCUGAAUGCUGCCUUCAACGCGCCCAGAUGGGCAUUUGGCAGCGCCUUACGGACGGCAGUCAGAGUGCUUGCGAAGCUGCAGUCAGCAAAGUCACACACCCGACGGGUGGAAAUGAGGAGCAUUAGGGUUUCGUCUUGCUGGAAGGGUAAGAAGCAUGUCUGCCAUGUCCGUGGGGAAGGUUACGGCGGACGGUUGGUUGGGUUUCGAGCUCAGUGGCCGCCAGCACAGCAACCGUCGCCCCAAGAUGCAGGCGGCGCUCGUGAACUAAGUUGGGGGACUCUGCAGACACGUCGAGUGAUGAGGCGUGAAGGUACCGUCUCGGUCCCAAGGCUGAUCAAGCGCCGUUUUUACCCCAGCUGGCAUCCUGCCAGGUGCCUCGCAGCGCAGACAUGCAGUUCGACGAAACGUGCGCCUCCCAGCGGCCACCGCCAGCAGUCGGUCGAGCCGGGGGUGUCCUGUGCAUGCGUGCUGAAAUGCUGCUCCCUACCACCUUCUAAGCAGCGACCGAGCCUUGCGCACGUUGAACGACCCGCCCCAAGCCGUCCUCCUCCCAACGAUGGCAAGGCUCCGGAACCGCCAGUUGUCGGGUGGUCGCUGAGGACAGGGGUGGCAUGGGACAGCAGCUUUACGGCUGCACGUCCGCCUCCAUUUAGGGAUUGGGGUGGACUUUGA